AUCCGCGUUCUGUUCGUGGUAACGAUAGAACACCAGGGGAACUACCUUGAGGAAGUUAGCAGAAAAUAGAAUUGAAAAACAGAUGUUAAAAAAGAAGAAUUUCCGUAAGAGAACUUUGGAGGAAUCGGAUGACCAGAACAACAACAACAACGCCGCAUCCGAUGAUGAAGAAGAUAGGAGGUUGGCAUUGGAGGAAGUGAAAUUUCUGCAGAAACAGAGGGAAAGAAAGUCGGGAAUCCCUGCAAUUCCAUCAGUGCAAUCUGGGAAUUUAAUACCCAAAAAAGUAACUGAAAAGAACGAUGGAGAUGGAGAAAAGGAAGAACUGGUUCUUCAAGAUACUUUUGCACAAGAGACUGCUGUCAUGGUUGAAGAUCCCAACAUGUUGAAGUAUGUUGAGCAAGAAUUGGCAAAGAAAAGAGGGAAGAACAUUGAUGCAACAAAUCAAGUUGAAAAUGACUUAAAACGUGCGGAAGAUGAACUGUACAAAAUUCCUGAACAUCUUAAAGUUAAGAGGAGAAACUCAGAAGAAAGCUCUACUCAGUGGACUACUGGCAUUGCAGAGGUUCAACUACCCAUUGAAUACAAACUGAGAAAUAUUGAGGAAACAGAGGCUGCCAAGAAACUUUUACAGGAGAAACGGCUUAUGGGUCAGGCAAAAUCAGAGUUUAGCAUCCCAUCGAGUUACAGUGCAGAUUAUUUCCAACGUGGCAGGGAUUAUGCUGAGAAACUUCGAAGAGAACAUCCUGAGCUGUACAAGGACAGAAGUUCACAAGAUGAUGGUGCUGGAUCCAAGCCAGCUGAAAAUAACACUGACGCAACCCGUAGAGAAGCUGCAACAGAUGAGUUCAUGCUAGAGCGUUUCCGAAAACGAGAACGGCAUCGGGUAAUGAGGAGAUAACAUGCUCUUUCUGUGAAGCAUGAUUUUCAUGGUAAUUUAUCAAGUUUUGUUGUUCUCUAGAGUGUAUUAGAUUGUAAAAGAAAGGACUAUUUUCAUAGUGACCAUACUUGUGAUUCUAUUUAACUACAAUUUUUAAUGGAUGUUUUAAGAGUUUCUAUGCUCAAAGGUUAUGACAGUGAGAUUGUGUAAUGAGACUAAUUCUAAUGGUCUCCAUGUUCAAUAAAAUUCAACAUGGUGGUCUAUACUUA